AUGUCAUAUUCUAACACAAGCUCGCUUGAUAUUGUUAAUGAAAUAAGGUGGCAGUUAGUCGUAUUUGUUCGAUGCUGGUCUGCGAUUCUUUUUACUCUUGGUUUAGUGGGCCAUAUAUUGAAUAUCUAUGUAUUUACACGUCCUAUACUCUAUUCUAAUUCAUGCGGUCGAUACUUUUUCGCAUCGACAAUAACUGGCCUUUUGGUUGUAACUGAAUAUCUUUUAAUUCGUGCUCUUCAACUGGGUUAUAGUAUUGAUCUAAUGAGUACAUCAAUAGUUGCGUGCAAAAUUUUGGCGUUUAGUUUUAUUCCUAUAAGAACUUUGCCUUCGUGGUUUAUUGCCUUAGCCUGUCUUGACAGAUACUUAUGCAGUUCAACUUCUACAAAUUUGCGUCAAUGGUGCAAUACUCGCAAUGCUACUCGUCUCAUAUGGAUCGUGGUAUUAUUUAUGGCUGUUAUAAACAGUCAUAUGUUUGGUUUUUACACAAUUAUACCGGCAGAGCAAAUUUGUGACGCUACCCCAACUUCUUACGUGUUAUUUUACGGUAUUUGGAAUCUAAUAAUAUGGACAGUUAUUCCAAUUCCUUGUAUGAUUGUUUUUACUUUCCUUACAAUUCGAAAUAUUCAUCGAGGAAGAAAUAGAAUAGGGAUUGACGAUACACAAAAUGAUCGACAAUAUAUUCAAUUCAAGAAAGAACGACAGCUCAUCCGCAUGACAAUUGGUCAAGCAUUUUUACUUGGUUUACCAUCAGCGGUUAACUCAAUAACACAUCUCUAUAUUGCCCCGGCUGGUAUUAUAAUGGCAAACAAUGAUAUCGAAGAAGCGACCAUUACCAAUGCUUAUCAUAUCAUCGGUUUUGUUUCUCUAUUUGGUCCAAGUAUGAGUUUUUAUCUAUUUACAUUAUCAAGUAAAUUGUUUCGUAAACAAUUAAUAUUGUUAUUUCGAUGUGGCCUACCAGAGCAAACUCAGUCUCAAUUAACUAGAUCUGUACAAAACCAAUAA